AUGUGGACAAAGACUCUUCUCUACUUGGUUUUAUGCUAUAGCACUUGUAUUGCUGAUCCAACGUAUUGUCCUCGAGCUCAUGAAGUUUUCGUCGAUUCGACUAGUUUAUGUUAUUUAUUCCAAAAUAGUUUGGCUAAUUACAACGUCGCCAGAAGACAAUGUCAAGAUUUAGGAUAUGAAUUGGUCUCUUACCACUCCGCUUAUGUAAAUCAAUAUAUUGCGAGUAAUAACAAGCUCUGA